UUUUCUAUAAAAGCUAACCUCCCCUUCGUUUAUAACCUUCUUUACCAUACCCCUUCUCACAUCCCUUUUUUUCUCUCCCCACCCAAACUAUUUUCCCCCAUUUUUUAUUGUCCAGCUUCAGAAAAUUAGGCCUCUUAGAAACGGAUCUGUUUCAGAUCUAGGGUUCUCCGCCCCAAAUCACGAGCCCAUUGAGUUUCAUGUGUGGGAUGAAAGCAUAGGAACUGCAAUGUUUUCCGAAUUUUUAUGACACGCACCUUCUCCAUGCGUCGAAUCCGUAUGCUGCACUCCUUCUCCGUCGUGUUCCUCUACUGGUUCUACGUUUUCUCAUGAACUUCCUCUCGAUUCCGUCAUUAAUUAGAUCUCCCUAGUUAAUUAAUCUCUAUUAUUCCAGUAAUUAAUUAGAUCUGAAACUCCUAUUUCCGUUAGUUUUUGUAUCUCUUUCAUUUCGUUCUGUUUUCAAAUCAAAUCUCCUUCUCGGAAAUGGCUUCGAUCCAACGCUCUGCGAGUUCCGGAUCCGAAGGCGGAGAUCCGCAAAUCGACGAGAGGAAGCGGAAGAGGAUGCUGUCGAACCGUGAAUCCGCGCGCCGCUCGCGGAUGAGGAAGCAGAAGCAGUUGGAGGAUCUGACCGAUGAGAUUAGCGGAUUGCGAGGCGCGAACAAGAAGCUCGCGGAGAACAUAAAGGCCAAGGAAGAAGCAUGCGUUGAGACCGAAGCUGCGAACAGCAUUCUGAGGGCUCAGACGAUGGAACUGGCCGAUCGAUUGCGCUUCUUGAACUCGAUCCUUGAGAUCGCUGAAGAGGUCGGCGGUUUAUCCGUUGAGAUUCCUGAGAUUCCAGAUCCUCUGCUUCGGCCGUGGCAGAUUCCGCACCCGACGCAACCGAUUAUGGCCACCGCGAACAUGAUUCUGCGUUGAUGCUUUUGUUUUAGUUAAUUAAUUAGGGUUAUCUGUAUUAGUGUUAUCUGUCUGUGUUCAAAUCGUGUGGUCCGCACUGCAUCGGAUUCCUGAGGUACAGGGUGUUGAUUGCUGGCAGUGGCGGCUUCCCUUUUCGGGACUUGUAAUCAUUGCUAAUGCUGUCUGUUUUUAUUUUACAUUUGAAAGUAAUCGUUCGUGGUUAUCCUAAGCA